AGCACUCGGUUUCCAGGGAAGCCGCAGGAUCUCUCCCGGGCUGCUCCACCGGGCCAAGCGUCUGUACUUUACAGAGCCCUGUCGCCCACAGGUCCCCCUGAGGACCAAGGGACCUCCUUUCCUGCCAGUCUGCGUCCUGCGCCGCGCUCUGGGCUGCGCCCGACGGCCCCCGCCGCGAGGUCAUCGGGAUUCCUCAGAGCCCGAGCCCCACGGUCACCGCAGCCUCCCGAAAGGCUCUUCUCCCCGCGCCCAGCCCCUUGGCGGCCACUGCUCCGCAGCCUCCGGCCGAGACCAACCCUGGCUGCCUUCUGCAGGGCCCUGGACGCCACGGGCAUCGUGCACGCCUGCUGCUGCUGUCAGAAUCCACGUGGACGCUAACACUGUUAAGACCAUGCCAAGAACAAAGGGAGGGAAACGGAAAACGAAAGGGGCACCGCUGCCCAUCGCUCUGAUUCUGCAGAAGCUCCUGAAAACGUACGAGAAGCACUGUGCACAAUCCCAGACGUCCAUGUGCCCAGCCGUCAGACGGGACCUGAAAAGCAGCAUCAACAGUGAGCAGGUUCUCAGGAAGUUCAUGCUCGUAAGACCCAGUGACCCCCGGACAAGCGUCCUACCCAUCUCCUUGGAACCUUUGCUCAUGGCGAUCCGAGACGAGAGCUACACGCUGGGAAAGGAGAUGUGCAUCUGGGGCCUUCGGCUGAGCAACCCCGAGGUUGCCAGACUCGCUUUGCUUCUGGAAUUGAAGGGCCACGCCGUCUGCCCUUUUACUGCCUUGAAGAUCAUCGAUUGCAAGAUGGACCCCUGGUCCCUCAGGCGGCUGGGGAAGGCUCUGCAGCUCUGCAGCUUGCGUUCUCUCGUCCUCGAUUACUGCAAGUUCGGAAAGGAAGAAAUGGAGAGUGUUUUCUCAGGCCUGGAGAACCACCAAAGCCUAAAAGGGCUCAGUCUGCGAUACUGUGGUCUGGGGCCAGAGAGCGGACAGAGGCUGGGCUCUGUGGUCAGCCGAAGUGCCAUCAGAGAGCUGUACCUUGAUGGAAAUCAUUUGCAAUGUUCCGGAGCCCUGGCUCUCCUCAGACCCCUGGCAGAUUUUGCAGAGAUGCAGGGGACAGACCAGCCAGCCCCAGGCUCACCCGACACCAGAGGCCCCCCUCAGCUGCUCCAAGACAACCAGAGUGGAAGUUCCACUUCAAACCAGAUUACAAAAUCCUCUGAAGCUGUCACAGUGAAAACUACUUUGGAGAAGAAAAAAAGAAAAAAAGGAAUCAAGAAAAAAGCUAACGGUUCCACUGAAGCUGGCCCGUGGUUAGUGAAGUUGCACUUGGCAGAUAACGGCAUAGAUGGAAAAGGAAAAGAGGGAGCAAAUGACCUGUUGGAAUUCACUCACAGCUUAACAUGCCUGAUCAGACACUCUGCCUACUUAAGGGAACUUGACCUUGGAAACAAUGGCCUGGGAGAAACGGUGGCUGUUGACAUCCUUGGAGCCCUGAGAGCCAGGAAGACAGGUAAGCUUCCAGUCUUAAAAAUUACAGUCACUCCCCAGAUCUCUUCAGACACCUUCAGAGGUAUUUGGAAAAAUAGUAAGAAAUCUAGCACCACCAGCAAAAAGAAGAAAAAGGCUAAAAACUGAACGUGGAUGCCUUAUUUCCAUACAAAUGACAUGUUUCUAGAGAUAGUGCUGUGGUGAAAUGGGUUAAGCCACCACCUGCAAUGCCAGCAUCCCAUGUGGGCGCCAGUUUGAAUUCCAGCUGCUCCACUUCUGAUCAUCUCACUGCUCACGCACCUAGGAAAGCAGCAGAUGACCAAGUGCUUGGGCCCUUGUCAGCCCUACCCAUGUGGAAACCCAGAAGAAGCUCCUGGCUCCUGGCUUAGGCCUGGCUCAGCCCUGACCAUUGCAGCCAUCUGGGGAGUGAACCAAUAGAUGGAAGAUUCAUUCUCUCUCUCUCUCUCUCUAACUCUG